CUUCCUCUCACGCAUAAAUCCGAGCGCACAUUUACUCACGCACAAGCACUGACACUGGUAUGGUGUAAGCACUUUUUCUAUGUUUUUUUUAUUUUAAUUAUUAAUAAUAGAUGGUUAGUGUCGAUGGUCCUAUAUUUUUCUAUGUAAGCUUAUACCUGCACCGCACACGGAUCCGAAAAUAUGAUAGGUCCUGCAGUGCAAACAAAUGUCUGGACAACAACAAUGAAAACGUAAGGAAUUGUAUUACACGGAGAGCAUGAAGAUAAAACGGAAUUGUCACUCCUAACGCGCAGCAGGCCUUUAUUUGUCCACAGAAAACCGGGAUAAAUACUAUUGCAGCUUUGUGUAGACCCAGAUGCCUCCUCUCCCUAUUGGCGAGCGCAUAGUGGUUAUUCAGCGCCCUAAAAACUUGGCCCUACGUGGGCCCUCCCCACAGACCACACCACAGCCUCACUCCCAUAUAACAGCCCUCAGCAACAAACCUCUCUCCCGCCCUUCUCAUCCCCACCCUCCUCAGUCCCACCCUAAUCCUCCCUCCCCGAAUUCACUGUCUUUGGAAUGCAAGAGCAGAUCAUCAUCCCGUCUGCAGAAAACCAAGGGCAACAAGGCUAUCGUGUCAGAGGGUGUCAGACACACCGCUAGCCACUGUCACAGCAACGGGACUGUGACUCUUGGCCCUAGACCCCACCAACACACACACACCAUUGACAUCAAGUUAUCCGUGAACAAAGGAACAAAAGGACAAGGGCACAGCAACACUUUAGGUCGCAGUGGGAGUGUGAAGGUGGGCAAAAAAAGGGUCUCGUUGUGCUUGGAUCCCGGAUACGGGGAGAGAAAAGCUGGGGGAACAUCAGGGAAGCCUGCAGUGCAGCAACUCCAAAACCACCCACAGAACCAGAUCAAGGCCUCACUAGGGAAUCACCAUCAGAAUCAUCUGGCUGUGUCUCCAGGAGGGGUUCUAGAAUUUGUCCCAGCCCAGAGACAGCAGUCCAAGUCCAGAAGAGAGAAGGUACAGGACGCAGCUUCCAAAGUCUGCUCUGCCAGCUUCCCCCCCAGAGGUGCCCGGGAAGUGCCCUGCGUGGGUAACAAAGAGAAUUCCAAACUGGGACCUGUCCAUGAAAACCCCAACGCCCACAGCCUGCCCCGCCACCACAACUCUGUCCCUGUUCCCCAUGCCUCCGUCCUAAACUCCCAUUACCCUGCUUCCCCUCCCUCCCACCAACCCUGUGCUUCUACAUCGUUCCAGCAACCCCUCAACAAGCCCCAUCCAUCCCGUGGCAGGGACCAUCGCCCUCAGAUCCUCCACGGCCUACCCCUCUCCCCCUGUUCCUCUCGUGGAGGUUUCCCCAGCCCAGACCACACCUGUACCAUCGACUUCUCCCAUCCUUUCAGCUGUGGCUGCUGGAAGCUGGUCCGCUGCAGGGGGGCCAGGGGACGUUCUGCUGGCUGUCAGGGGGGUGGGGGGAGUCCAUCUUCUUCUUUUUCCUGCGCCCACGGCCACGGGGUUGGAGGGGUGAACCACAGAGGGGGCUCAGCAAUGGGUUUAAGAACUCUGGGGGGAUGUUUGUCCACAGCCUCCACCACCAACACCUCAUCCUCCAACAGCACUGUGUCGGACUGCCGGACGGGCUUGCUCAGACCCCUGCGAUGUGCCUCCUGCUCCGGGGAGGCUGGUGCCUUUGAGAGUCCUGCUGCAUUCCGCAAAAAACUGGUGGGGGGAUGCCUGCCCUGUACCCCACUAUCCUCCUCAGCCCCGCUGCGAGCCUUACAGAGUUGUGUGAGUGGCUGCAACCCCAAAGCCAGUCAGGGCGGCAGCUCUACCUGCAGUUAUUGUAGCAGCGACCCCAUAGUGGUGACCUUCAACCCCCACCGGGGCAGAAAGCCCCCCGGGAUGGGGAGGGGUGUAGUGUCAGGGCACCCCAUGGGGGUAUUCCCCGCCGAUGACGAUGAUUACAGUGUGCGCACAAUCUGGCCCGAGGAGCUGGCGAAGAAGAUGACCAGGUCUAAAACUCAACAGAACCACCAGAGCUGUGCCGGGAUGGGGAUGGGAAUGGGGAAGACAUGUGCCGGUCAGAAUCAUAACAGCAGCAACGGAACCAGCCCUGUUAUCCUGGACUGUAAGAACCUGUUGGAGUUCACCCGGAAUCAGAUAACAGACCACGCUGGCCGCCGCCGGCUUCAGCAGGGCAAGAUGGCCGUCCUGGAUUUCAUUGGGUCUGGGUCUGGUCCUGGGCGAGAUCCAGGCCGGGACUCGCUGAAGAGGCUCUGGAAGAAAGGUGGGGAGACAGGGAUGGUGGAUGGCAUGGGGCAGGAAGACGAUAUGGCAUACCCUCGCACCCCCUCCCCCCGCUCCCCCUCUCCCCAAUCCCCUUCUUCCUUCUCAACAGCACCGUCAGUUCCCAGCACUCUCCUCAAACCCAAACCAAGACAGAGAGAUGCAGAGGGACGGUAUUCCCUCCCCUCCGCCCCGUCCCUCCACCUGGUCCUAAACUCAGUCAACAGAGAGCAGGAUGAGGAGAACGGCAGAGUGCACCUCACUCUGCCGCUCUCCUCCUCGCUCCCGGCUUCCCUGUCAGAUGAGACUGGGAUGACCCCUGACGUGGAGAAUGCGGUGGUGAGCCCCAUCCUGCCCUUCCUUUUCCUGGGCAACGAGAGGGACGCCCAGGACCUGGACCUACUGCUGCGUCUCAACAUCGGCUAUGUGGUCAACGUCACCACACACCUGCCCCUCUACCACCUCGGCUCCAGCCUGAUACACUACAAACGACUGCCGGCUACCGACAACAGCAAGCAGAACCUGCGUCAGUACUUUGAAGAAGUGUUUGAGUUCAUUGAGGAGGCACACCAGAGUGGGCGUGGAGUGUUGGUUCACUGUCAAGCAGGCGUGUCCCGCUCGGCAACCAUCAUCAUCGCCUACCUGAUGAAGCACACCCUGAUGACCAUGACGGAUGCCUACAAGUACGUGCGGGGCCGUCGUCCUGUGGUGUCUCCUAACCUCAACUUCAUGGGUCAGCUACUGGAGUUUGAGAGGGACCUCAAUUCCGGGGUCACUCCUCGCAUCCUGACCCCCAAACUCAGCGGCCUGGAGACCCAGGUCUGAGAGUGGGAGACUGAUUAGAGGGACAGAAUUGAGGGAUGGAUGAAACCCGCAUUGGGCGAGCCAUAGUUUUGUGAAGGAGAAAUGAAAGGUAGAAUGAUCAAGAAGGGAACACUGAUUAACAGAUUGUCCCUAUUGGCAUAGAUUAUCAAUUGAUGAUUGAAAUAGUGCACUUCAAUAGAUUAUGGGAGAUAUAAUUUGAUUGGUUAUUUUAAUUUUGACCAUUUUUAUACAAUGCUUAGAUAUCUGGCAGAUAAGGGAGCAGGUAGCCUAGCGGUUAAGAGCGUUGGGCCAUUAACCGAAAGGUCACCGGUUAGAAUCUCAGAGUUGACUCAGUGAAAAAUAUUCUGAUGUGUCCUUGAGCAAGGAGCUUAACCCUAAUUUAUCCUGUAAGUUGCACUGGAUAAGAGCAUCUGCUAUAUGACUUAAACAUGUAAAUAUUAUCUCCAAUGAUCCACUGUGAUCAGAUGACUCAUUUGAUGCUUCUGGUUUAUAGCAUUACAGAAACCAAGGAAGUGCAAUGAGUCCUGGUCUGACACAAGUCCAUUUACAAAAUCAAUAAUGCAUGCAGAACCAGAAUAGAAACAACUAUAGUGACACCCCACCAUUAAACUAUGAUAACCCUAUACAUAGCUCCAGAAAGGUCAUUCCAAUGCAUUUUACCCAUCAAAAUGUUUGGUCGUUUAGAAUAUUGCCUCUCAACUGAAGUGACACAGUCCCAGAGGACAGCUGAUCUUGCCAUAUUGUUGGUUUAGUUCUGUCUUUCCUAACUGGAUUGUAAAUGUCAAUGUCAUUUUUUUUUUACUCUUGUGAGAAUUGUUCAAUAUAGUGUGACGGGUGGAGGAGUGAGCGGAUUUAAUUGUGCCAAUUCUUAGAGAAAUGGGUUGAAAUCAGAAAGCUACAACACUGUGGAUGAAACCAGAGCUGGUGUCAAUAGAAGGAUGGUAAAUAGAAGCAGCAAUGAUACACAGGCAACGUUGAACAGAUUCAGCAGACUGUUACUGAACUGGACUUAGUCAUGGAUCUAUCCAUGUUGUCUUUCCAACAGACAAUGGUUGGAAAGAUAUAAGAAGAUGAACCCUACACUCUUAGAAAGAUGGGUUCCAAAAGGGUUCUUUAGCUGUCUCCCCCCUCCACCCUUUUGGGUUCCAUGUAGAACCCUUUUUGGU